CAUUUUCCGCACCUAUUUAGAAUCUAGAACCCAAGCAUGGAUACUGCUGUCCCACAAGGCCCUCGUUUUCGGAGGCGGCCACGCUCCCGGAGCUGACCCCCGAGUACAUGGGGAGGCACUACCCCUCUUACCUGGAGCUGAUCCAGGCGCAGGUGUUCUUCCGCCACGGCGAGCGCAGCCCCAUUGUCACCCGGUUCUCAUCGCUGUCGCAGUGGGCAUUCUGCGAGCGUGCAAACCAUCUGCAUUCUGAAUUUAUGACCGCCAUUGGCAAGUUUGUGCCGCGCCAGGAGGCAAUGCCGUCGCCAAACCCGGAUCUCAUUGCCAGCGGCCACAGCGACCCGCGCUACACGAAGCACACCGCGACACUCAAGUCUGGCAUCGAGUAUGAGCCGGCUGCCUGGUCACUGAGACUCACACAGGAUUCAAAGAAAGUAGUUGACGACAACACAUCAGACAGUGGCCCUGUGGCCGCAGCUGAGGAUUCGUGGGAGCCUACGAUGUGGUAAGUUCAGACAGGAGUUUGACUCGGUGCAGCGUGG